AUGGCGGGUGAGGACCACCAGUCGCAGGGCAGCAUCCUCUACAACAUACUCAUGAGCGCGAAGCAAACGCACGCGGCUCCGGAAGCACCGGAGGCUCCCAAGGAGAGGCUGGGGGGCGCAUGCUGGGGCUGCUCCUGCGGCGCGGAGCCCCCGGUGGGCAGAGAGGGGCUGCCGGGUGGGAGGGCAGUAGCGCUUCUAUACCGCUGCUGCUGUUGUGGUGAAGACCACCCGCGGCAGGGCAGCAUCCUCUACAACAUCCUUACGAACGCAAAGCAAAUGCAAGAGGCUCCGGAGGCGCCCGAGGCGCGGAUGCGGGGCGCGUGCUGGGGCUGCUACUGCGGCGUGGAGCCCCCGGUGGGCAGAGAGGGGCUGCAGGACGGGCGAGCCACGGCGCUCCUGUACCGCUGCUGCUUUUGCGGUGAAGACCACCCACGGCAGGGCAGCAUCCUCUACAGCUUGCUCACAAGCGCAAAGCAAACGCACGUGGCUCUGAAAGCGCCCGAGGCGCGUCCCGGAGGCGGGUGGUGGGACCGCUCCUACUGCGCGCAGAGGCUGGGGGGCAGCGAGGAGCUGCCAGGUAAGACGGCAGUGGCGCUCCUGUACCGCUGCUGCCUUUGCGGUGAAGACCACCCGCGGCAAGGCAGCAUCCCGUUCAACGUGCCCACGAGCGCAAAACAAACGCACGCGGCUCCAGAGGUGCAGCCGGGGGCCCCCUGGUGGAACCCCUUGUGUAGCGCGCAGCGGCUGGUGGCCCUCAAGAAUCCACAGGUGGUCUGCGAGGCGGCCUCCGCAGGCCUGUUGAAGACGCUGCGCUUCGUCAAGUACUUAGCCUGUUUCCAGGUGCUGCCCCUAGACCAGCAGCUGGUGCUGGUGCGCAGCUGCUGGGCUUCGCUGCUCAUGCUCGAGCUGGCCCAGGACCGCAUGAACUUUGAGACAGUGGAGACCUGGGAGCCCAGCCUGCUGCAAAAGAUCCUCACCACCAGGCGGCGGGAGAUCGCGGGCGACGAGCCGCUGCCUCUCCACACGCUGCCGCCAAACUUGGUACCGCCCAUGGAGGGGCGGCAUUUGCCGUGGGCCACCGAGGUCCAAGCCAUCAAGAGCUUCCUUAUCAAGUGCUGGAGCCUGGGGAUCAGUACCAAGGAGUACGCCUACCUCAAGGGGACCGUGCUCUUUAACCCGGACCUGCCAGGUCUGCAGUGUGUGAAGUAUAUUCAGGGACUUCAGCGGGGAACUCAGCAGAUCCUUAGAGAACACAUCAGGAUGACAUACAGGAUGCAGCAGGCCAGAGUCACUGAACUGAAUAGUGUACUUUUCCUGCUGAGAUUCAUCAAUGCCAAUGUCAUUGUUGAACUGUUCUUCAGACCCAUCAUUGGCACAGUCAGCAUGGAUGAUAUGAUGCUGGAAAUGCUCUGUGAGAAGUUAUAAAGGCAUCUGUGGGCCACACAAGUGCAGUUCACCAUGAAGAAAGAGAAGG